AUGGGCAAACUUGGGAAUCUGUGCGAACUUCGACUUUCGGACAACAAUCUGAGGACGUUGCCCAGCUCGAUCGGAUCAAUUCGCACGUUGCAGGUGCUGGCAUUGCGUUCAAAUUUGCUGGAAAAGUUACCAGAAUCGUGGAAGGAUAUGGAGAAUCUAUCAACACUUGAUCUCGCUUGCAAUCGCCUGACGUUCCUUCCCGCAGACAUCGUACGCUUACCCAAACUCACGCAUCUGGAUCUGCACGACAAUCAAAUCCAAGCCCUGCCGGAAAAGAUUGGUCAGCUCAGCAAUCUUGUCGUCCUUCAGCUCUGCAACAACCAUUUGCGCGAAUUACCCAAGGAUAUUGGACGUUUACGGGACUUGCACGAUCUGGUGCUCUCUUUCAAUCAGCUGCAGUGGUUGCCGGACGAAAUCGGAAAGCUGAACAAGCUGCAGGAACUAAAAUUCGACAAUAAUCCUCUGCGUUCGUUGCCCAGGACCAUCCAGCGCCUUACGAACGUUCGACGUGUCCACCUUCAAGGCUGUGAACUUCACGAUUUACCAGUAGAGCUGGGUAUUGCUUUCAAAGAUUUAGUCUAUCUGGAUUUGUCAGGCAAUCAGUUCGAGGUUAUGCCU